AUGAAUAUGGGGACACAAGCUUAUGUGACCAGUGCAGAUAUCGACAGGAUGGUUAACGACCACGGACUUCUGAAACAGCGUGACCUUGUCCAUCGCUUCAACGAGAUGGCACAUGAUGAGCGCCUGCUGGUGCUUUUCUGUAGCUGUCUCCACGCCUCGAACCAGAAUCAGGCUCUUACCGACACGCUCGCGGUUCUUAAAGAAAAGUUAAACACCAUUGAAGCAAAGGUAGAUCAAGGCUGGCAACCGGCGGAUGACCAUGAGGCCAUACUGAAAGGGUUACUGCGUCAUUACAUUAUUCAGCCACAGUAUUCAUACAGUGUCAUACCGAAGCAAGUUGGAAGGUAUAUCUUCGAUCACGCAGACAAGGUUCGACUUCGACUUUACGUGACCGAUGCAACAAUACGCACCCAGGUCGAUCAAUGGGUAAACAAUAAGUACAAUGAAGUCAAGAGUGGCCUGCGGAAGGCAGUAUGGACAUCAAUCACGAACAAGGUGCCGCUCGAUGACUUCGCAAGUACUAUUGUCAAAAGCUACCACCUUCCCGUCAAGCCCAAGGAGGUUCCCCAAGCGAUCAUGGGAUCUUUAGCCUUAAUGCGAGAUGUUGCUGCCCCGCUAACUACGAAGAAGGGCGUACAAGGCGGUGACACCGGCUUCUGGAAGGCUCUCGAAGCACGACUAGCAGCGGUAGUGUCUCAGCACGGCACUACGCGGGAUAGCUCGGAGGAAUGGAAAACAUGGGAGAAGGACAUCAUCGAGAAGGACAUCAAAAGAUACCAACAACGCAGCCCCACCUUUCUGCCAUCCGGCACACCCCUUCUGCCUGAGCUGGUGUGCUUCGUCCCUCCUCUCAUAGUUCUCGACCCAGCCAUGAGUACCUCUGCCCCUAGGCCAACAGGCAGCACUCGGACACUGUAUGCCAAGCCGGAGCUCGAGAAGCUCUCGCUUGACUCCGCCCAACAGGCAGCUAUUGCGGCCAUUUAUCAACAAGGCGACAUUUUCUCGGAACAAUAUGACCCUGACAACCCCGAUAUCCAGCGAGAAGUGACGAAAUUCCUCCAAGCUCGCAGCCUCAACCAGCACUCCCGUGAGCAGCUGGAGAACCGAUGGAAUGUCCAGUGGGGUACUAAGUGGCGGGUGGCAGGGGAUAUGCGGCGACGUACUUUAUUUCAAUGUGCCGCUCGCAAGGCAAUGGAAGCCAAGAAAGAGCCUGUGGAGGAAGAGAAGAGUGACGGGAAUCGAGAAGCCUCCGGGACUGCUGGCCGACGGAAUCCCUAUGACUUCGUCAGGUGUCUUGCACAUGUUGAGAUCACCGAGCGCGACAGCGAUGGUGCCAUUUCUCGCAUUGUCGGCUACCUAUGCCACCACGAUGAAUGUAACUCUGCGGUCCUGAAGCGCCGACCAGCAGUUCCACUACACCCUCAUGUUUAUGAGGUUGCGCUGGAGCAACUGCAUUCGGGAGCGAGCAUAACCGCAGUUCAGUCAAAGAACAAUGCCAUGUUGAUCUCUCGAAGUUACCGUGAUAUGGACAACUAUGACCCCCGAACUGCUAAUCACCGGUAUCACUUCCUGCCACGUGAUUCCUCCUAUCUGUACUAUCUAUUCAACAAGGCUCAGGGAGUCGACACUCGGGUGCCCCCUCAGUACAAUCUCCACGAAUGGCUUGACCGCGAUUCUCCCAACUUCCGGCCAGAGAUCUCGGAUGCCGUGUUCCACUACUCGAAGCGUGCAGAGGCAGGAGAGAGGCUUAAGGUCUGCAUAUCCACAAAAGAGAUGGAUAGCUGCGCCUGGGAGUAUGGCCACCACUCAGCUCUGAUGCUGGAUGGAACAUUCGGGCUUUGCAGUUCACGCCUGCUUCUCUUCGUGGUGAUGGGCAUAGAUGCUGAGCGGAAGGGUGUGCCUCUGGCUCUGUUCUUAUUCUCAGCACCCACAGGGACUCGUGCGACACAUGCCGGCUACAGUACUGACAUUCUAGCUGAGCUCCUCCAAGCUUGGCGAGAUCAUCUCUCCAAAGGCCGAGCUGAGAUAUUCACUCCUUACGUUGCGAUCACCAAUACCGAUGUCAAGGAGCGUGGAGCACUGCUCAGAGUAUGGCCUUCCAUCUGGCUGCUGCUUUGCAAGUUCCACGUCCGCCAGUGCUGGACUAACCGAAGGGAUCAGCUAUUGCGAGGGGGACGAGGGGAAAUGCUGAAGAGCCAUGUACGGGGAUGGCUACUGAACCUGGAGGAUCUCCUGCUGAAUAGCGUUGAGCAUGAAGAAGCCACGAAACUCAUUGAGGAGGAGCGAGCUCACCUUGCCACUCUGGCCCGACUUGGGGACCCUGGAGCUGCAGCAGCAGCUGAGGCAGGAAGGCAGUAUCUGGACUACCUGUCAACUAAUUGGAUGCCGAAGGCACUCUGGCAGGGCUGGUCGCUGAAGGCUAGGAUGGUCGCUUCAUCAAAGCUAGGGAUCCCUGUGGAAAGUGGUGUUACUACGACGAAUCACUUGGAAUCCUUCAACGGCGUAUUGAAGGGCAAGUACAUACCACAAUGGCAGCACUCCGGUGUUCGCCUUCGAUUUGACUUUCUCAUCCACAUCCUUAUCACGCGCAUUCUCCCAGAGAUAUUUACGACCCGGCGCCAUCGCCAACAGUAUCAGCGAUGGAUUACAGACCGAUUUCAAAGAUACUCAGGGGGUGUGGACUUAUUUCAGGUGCUGCAGGAGGAGAGGCGUGUGCUACGGCAGGGACAGGGCAACCCUAAGCCAUGCUGGUGGGGUGCUGACUGUGCACGGGAUGAUGCGGCAGCCUCCAUACUGAGAGCGGGGCUACUCAUGUCAGUUACUCGGAGUGCCAGCGAACACCAGUUUGAAGCCACUUGCCUUUCUACUGCCGACCCCACCCGCGCCCCCUAUUGUCUUGUGAUCCAUCGUGCCGGCUAUGCUUCGUGCACCUGCCCAGAUUUCGCCCAUCGUGGGGGCGCAUGCAAGCACCUAAGAGCUCUUAGGGUGCGGAUCAACAAUUGGGUGGCAUCGGGACAAGUACCGCCUUUCUACUACCCGCACACACCACUGGAGGCCAAGGAUGUUGAAGAGCCUCCCAAACCUCCAACCGAGAGUGGUCCAAAUGCAACGAUUGCCAUCAUUGAUAAUGUUUUUACGUUGCAAGACCUAGCAGGCAUCGAAGAGCCUGAGGAUGAGUUGAGGCCGAUAGUGCCUGCUGCAAGUGCCGGUGAUGAGCAGGAAGGGGCGGAGGAGCGUGCAGUGCCAGAGUGCAUCGAUGGUGUGGAAGGCCUUCUCCAGGCAGGCGUGGCAGGGCUGAACAUCCAGGUCCAGCAGCGGGUUAACCAGAUAUUAGACAGUGUUCUUCCACACCUGCAUGGGCUUGCACUUCUCAGCCAAGAAUACAGCAUUAUGCCGACCGAGAAAGUGCGGGAAUUUGAGAUCGUAGUCAGACAGCUUGCCAGCUCUUGGGGUAAAGCUCGGGAAGAGACUCUGGCUCAUUCCGAGUCCCACCGGCCUGCCGCGCACCUCAAGCGUUCUCGGGAGAAUGCUCUCUUAACGCCUUCCCCAGAGUUGAAGCAGAAGCGGAAGCCAUCGCAUGGCACAUUGUAG